ACUAUGGAGUACAACAAGGGUUGAGGAAAAUAAUAAAAGUUUACCUAGAGGUUCAACCACCAACAAACUUUUUUCUUCUUCUUAUUUUCAGUCUUCCGGCAAUAUUUUUAAUGUAACAAUGAAUUCUCAUUGAUCUGUUACCAGUAAUUACGUGUCUACAUCCCCAGUCUCUUUAUUUAUCCAUCUUCUUCUUCUCUCCCACCAAAUUUGGAAGAAAAAAAGAAGUAGCCUUUCUCACACGCUUUCCUCAACUCACCCUCAUUAUCUUCAUUUUCAUGAGCCAUUUGUAGAUAAUCUUAAAGCUAAUAUAUUAGAAAAGACACGAAAAAGCAAAGGAUUUUAGUGGCAUUGGCACUUGGGUGCCUUGCCAUUGUAAAAAAAAAAAACACAAUUUUUUUUGUGAAUCUUGCCACUCCAUUCUUUAGUACUCUUGGCAAAGCUAAAACAGAAUCCUCUGUUUUGUGUUUGCGGUGGUGAUCAAACUUCAGAAAAAAUUCAUGGCCGCGAUUAAAGAAAAUGCUAGAUCAAGCCUUCUAUUAGUAGGCAGAGUGAUGAAUGAAGCCAUCAGCUUCCUAGUCUUCACUAUACUUGACAUUCUUGAUUUUAUCCUCUGUUACACUUACAAAGUAAUCGAUUUCAUAAUCGAAGCAGAGUGGAAGCCAUGUUACUGCUCGUCAACCAAAGAGGCAAUAACGAGCAGUGGCUCAAUCUUGGUCUCUGAACAAGGAGAGUCCAAGAUUGUGUGCCUGACUUCUUCGAGCAAACUACAUCUCGAAGAAAUUUCAGACACACUCUACACUCGGCCAUCAUUGGUGGCCGAAGUGUCAAAGUCAACGGUCAAUGAGCUGAAACGCCGCAAAGUGGACAAUGGCGCUGUUAUACAACAGUCAUGUGAGAAGUUGAAAAAUGGAAGUGUCCGUUCAACUUUCUCUGUUAAUUCCACCAUUGUAGAAAUGCUCCAAGGAAAAAUGGGUGGCCAUAAAUCUCAUGAUCUUACUCCUCGAUGGUCGGAUUGUGAUUGUGAUACUUGUCAUUCUUGGUCAUCUUCUAGCAAAGAUUCACUUUUUGUCAAAGUUGAUGGUGCCAAAGAGAACGUGCAAGAAGAUGUAAUCUUCAUUCAUGGGUUCAUUUCAUCAUCAGCAUUUUGGACAGAGACACUAUUUCCAAACUUUUCAAAGGCAGCAAAAUCAAAGUACCGGUUUUUUGCAGUGGAUCUGCUAGGAUUUGGAAGGAGUCCAAAGCCAAGUGAUUCACUAUACACCAUAAGAGAGCAUCUAGACAUGAUUGAAAAAUCGGUUUUAGAGCCACACAAAGUGAAAUCUUUCCACAUUGUGGCACAUUCUUUAGGGUGCAUUUUGGCUCUAGCACUAGCUGUAAAGUAUCCUGGCUCAGUCAAAUCCCUCACUUUAAUUGCACCGCCAUAUUUUCCAACACCAAAAGGAGAACAAGCCACGCAGUAUAUGAUGAGAAGAGUAGCGCCAAGGCGCGUGUGGCCACCAAUAGCUUUUGGUUCGUCAAUGGCAUGUUGGUAUGAACACAUUGGCAGAACCAUUUGCCUUGUCAUAUGCAAGAACCACCGUUUGUGGGAGUUUCUUACCAAACUUGUUACCAGAAACAGGAUUAAGACAUACUUAAUAGAGGGAUUUUGCUGCCACACACACAACGCAGCAUGGCAUACACUACACAACAUCAUAUGUGGUACUGCUGGAAAAAUAGAAGGAUACUUGGACAUGGUGAGAAACAGGCUAAAAUGUGAAGUCACGGUGUUCCACGGCAAAGAUGAUGAACUUAUUCCAGUUGAAUGCAGCUACAAUGUACAGUCAAGAAUUCCUCGUGCACACGUUAAGGUGGUUGAGAACAAAGAUCACAUCACCAUUGUUGUUGGCAGACAGAGAGCAUUCGCCAGAGAACUUGAGCAAAUUUGGAAAAAUUCAACAAAUUGAUAUUAUCCCACGACUUGUUUGAUAUGAAGAAGUUCAAGCUAAGCCAUGUGAAUUCUCCACAAUCAUUUUUAUUUCCACAAGUAAAAAAAAAAAAAAAAAAAAGCUUGUAUCCUAUAAACCUAAAUUUGGACAAAAUGAAAGUCUGAUUGAGCUAGUUUUUGUUUUUAUUUUUAUUUUUUAUCCGUAUUUUCUUUGUCGAUUUGUAUGUCGAAAUGCAGCUGCAUAUUCAGAUGUAGUCUAGUUUAUAUAUCAGCAAGAAAAAGUAAUAUGGGAUGUGAAAA